AUGAUCGAGUCCGUCAGCCCCUCGUCUCUGCGUGGCGCUCACUCUCCAUUCAACAACACCCCUCCUUGUAAUCGCCCUCAAUUCCAGCCCGUCAGUCUCUCCAUCUCGUUCCUCCGCCUCACCCCAUGGACGCAGGGGGAGAAGCCAGCACACGUGGGAGGAAGACGCCUCGUCGCAGCGCUGUCUCAGCGGCUUGCCUCCGAGCGCGUGGAGGAUGCAGUGAGGCAAGCUCAGGAGGAUGCAGUGAGGCAAGCUCAGGAGGAUGCAGUGAGGCAAGCUCACGAGGAUGCAGUGAGGCAAGCUCAGGAGGAUGCAGUGAGGCAAGCUCAGGAGGAUGCAGUGAGGCAAGCUCAGGAGGAUGCAGUGAGGCAAGCUCAGGAGGAUGCAGUGAGGCAAGCUCAGGAGGAUGCAGUGAGGCAAGCUCAGGAGGAUGCAGUGAGGCAAGCUCAGGAGGAUGCAGUGAGGCAAGCUCACGAGGAUGCAGUGAGGCAAGCUCACGAGGAUGCAGUGAGGCAAGCUCAGGAGGAUGCAGUGAGGCAAGCUCAGGAGGAUGCAGUGAGGCAAGCUCAGGAGGAUGCAGUGAGGCAAGCUCAGGAGGAUGCAGUGAGGCAAGCUCACGAGGAUGCAGUGAGGCAAGCUCAGGAGGAUGCAGUGAGGCAAGCUCAGGAGGAUGCAGUGAGGCAAGCUCAGGAGGAUGCAGUGAGGCAAGCUCAGGAGGAUGCAGUGAGGCAAGCUCAGGAGGAUGCAGUGAGGCAAGCUCACGAGGAUGCAGUGAGGCAAGCUCAGGAGGAUGCAGUGAGGCAAGCUCAGGAGGAUGCAGUGAGGCAAGCUCAGGAGGAUGCAGUGAGGCAAGCUCAGGAGGAUGCAGUGAGGCAAGCUCAGGAGGAUGCAGUGAGGCAAGCUCAGGAGGAUGCAGUGAGGCAAGCUCAGGAGGAUGCAGUGAGGCAAGCUCAGGAGGAUGCAGUGAGGCAAGCUCAGGAGGAUGCAGUGAGGCAAGCUCAGGAGGAUGCAGUGAGGCAAGCUCAGGAGGAUGCAGUGAGGCAAGCUCAGGAGGAUGCAGUGAGGCAAGCUCACGAGGAUGCAGUGAGGCAAGCUCAGGAGGAUGCAGUGAGGCAAGCUCAGGAGGAUGCAGUGAGGCAAGCUCACGAGGAUGCAGUGAGGCAAGCUCAGGAGGAGAAGGCGAGCAAUGAAAGAACGAGUGCAAACAAGAGCGUGAAAAUAUCAACAGAAGGGAGAUCUCUUAGCCGCAUUCAGGAGGGGUCGAAGCUGCAUGCACGCGCGCUCGCCAGCAGCGGCACUUCUCCCUCCUCGCCUCGCCGUUCCUCCACAGGCGAGCAGUGGUCAGCAGGGCAGCAGUGGUGCCUGCCGUGCGUCAUCCCCCUGCCGCCAUCCCACAGUUUGCCGCUCGCCGCAGUCCGUUCGGCAGCCUCAGGUGCAGCAUCGCCUCUAGAUCCAAGGAGCAGCAUCGCCUCUAGAUCCAAGGAGCAGCAUCGCCUCUACAUCCAAGGAGCAGCAUCGCCUCCAGGUCCCCAGCAGCUCCUCGCCAGCAGCAGCAGCCAGGCCUCAGUGGUGAGCAGCAUCGCCUCAGUGGUGAGCAGCAUCGCCUCAGUGGUGAGCAGCAUCGCCUCAGUGGUGAGCAGCAUCGCCUCAGUGGUGAGCAGCAUCGCCUCAGUGGUGAGCAGCAUCGCCUCAGUGGUGAGCAGCAUCGCCUCAGUCGUGAGCAGCAUCGCCUCAGUCGUGAGCAGCAUUGCCUCAGUGGUGAGCAGCAUCGCCUCAGUGGUGAGCAGCAUCGCCUCAGUGGUGAGCAGCAUCGCCUCAGUGGUGAGCAGCAUCGCCUCAGUGGUGAGCAGCAUCGCCUCAGUGGUGAGCAGCAUCGCCUCAGUGGUGAGCAGCAUCGCCUCAGUGGUGAGCAGCAUCGCCUCAGUGGUGAGCAGCAUCGCCUCAGUGGUGAGCAGCAUCGCCUCAGUGGUGAGCAGCAUCGCCUCAGUGGUGAGCAGCAUCGCCUCAGUGGUGAGCAGCAUCGCCUCAGUGGUGAGCAGCAUCGCCUCAGUGGUGAGCAGCAUCGCCUCAGUGGUGAGCAGCAUCGCCUCAGUGGUGAGCAGCAUCGCCUCAGUGGUGAGCAGCAUCGCCUCAGUGGUGAGCAGCAUCGCCUCAGUGGUGAGCAGCAUCGCCUCAGUGGUGAGCAGCAUCGCCGAUGAAGCAGCAGCAGCAUCGCCGAUGAAGCAGCAGUCGUUGCUCCUCAUCAAGAUCAGUAGCCGUUGCUCCUCAUCAUUAGGCUCAGAAGGAGAGCAGCGAAGUGCAGCAGCAAGCCUUGGACCUGCACAAAUCAAGCCGGUCAGCAUCAGUGCCUGA